AGUCGCACCAACCGCACCACCACACACCACUCUUGAUACAGCUCCGUCUGUCGCCAUUCAUAAAAAAUUUCCUCAAGCACAAGGGCGAAUAAUUUGUGUCAAAAGUUUCAUUUUGUAAAAACCAAUGUAAAAGAAAUUGCAGAGGCAUCCGGUGUGAAAACAACGCGCAAACAUUUUGUAAAUCCAUUGAAUUUAGUGAUUUGUUGGAAUUUGAUUGGAAAUUUAGACGAUUGUCUGGUUAUUUUUGUAUCAUUUGCGGGCGGUGACUUUCACGAACAAAAAUAUUAGAAAUGGCUGCCAGUGCUGCUGCUGAUAAAGCUGACGAUUCGCUCUAUCCGAUUGCUGUUCUCAUUGACGAGUUGAAAAAUGAAGAUAUUCAGUUGCGAUUGAAUUCGAUCAAGAAACUAUCGACCAUUGCCUUGGCAUUGGGGGAGGAAAGGACUCGUACGGAGUUGAUUCCAUUUUUAACAGAAACCAUUUACGAUGAGGACGAAGUCUUGUUGGCCUUGGCCGAACAGUUGGGAACAUUCACAAGUCUUGUUGGUGGGCCAGAGUACGCGAUGUAUUUGAUUCCACCGCUGGAGAGUUUAGCUACUGUUGAAGAAACGGUUGUACGGGACAAGGCUGUUGAAUCGCUUCGCAUCGUUGCCGCUCAACACAGUGCUGCCGAUUUGGAGGCCAAUGUCAUUCCAACUCUGCAGACACUCGUCUCCGGAGAUUGGUUUACUUCACGAACGUCGGCGUGUGCAUUGUUUUCGGUUUGUUAUCCGCGCGUUUCGUUGGCAGUCAAAGCAGAAUUACGAAACAAUUUCCGGCAGUUGUGCCAGGACGACACACCGAUGGUUCGUCGUGCCGCUGCCAGUAAACUUGGAGAAUUCGCCGAGGUCGUCGAAGUGGAAUUCCUAAAAUCGGAUCUCAUUCCGUUGUUCGUCCAACUAGCCCAAGACGAUCAGGACUCCGUUCGUCUGCUGGCUGUUGAGGCUUGCGUCAGCAUCGCCCAACUAUUGCGACAGGAAGAUGUCGAACACUUAGUUAUGCCCACAUUACGUCAAUGUGCCAGCGAUUCGUCGUGGCGUGUACGUUACAUGGUGGCCGAAAAAUUGACUGAUCUGCAGAAGGCCGUCGGACCGGAAAUAACCAAAACCGAUCUGGUGCCAGCAUUUCAAUAUCUUCUCAAGGACACAGAGGCUGAGGUGCGUGCGGCAGCCGCCACAAAAGUUAAGGAGUUUUGUAAGAAUUUGGGCGGCACUGGCGACACAACCAAUCAGGUGUCCAUCAUAAUGACGUCAAUAUUGCCAUAUGUCAAGGAAUUGGUGUCGGAUAUGAAUCAGCAUGUUAAAUCGGCAUUGGCCUCCGACAUUAUGGGUUUGAGUCCCAUCCUAGGACCACACAAUACGAUCGAGCAUCUGUUGCCGUUGUUUUUGAUUCAGUUGAAAGAUGAGUGUCCAGAGGUUCGGCUAAACAUCAUCUCGAAUUUGGACUGUGUUAACGAAGUGAUUGGAAUCAAUCAGUUGUCGCAGUCACUCCUCCCGGCCAUUGUGGAAUUAGCCGAGGACACCAAGUGGCGAGUUCGUUUAGCAAUUAUUGAAUACAUGCCCGCCUUAGCUGGUCAACUGGGGCAAGAAUUUUUCGAUCAAAAGUUACGUGGAUUGUGCAUGGGAUGGUUAAACGAUCACGUGUAUGCGAUUAGGGAGGCAGCUACAUUGAACAUGAAAAAAUUAGUCGAAAAAUUCGGUUCAGCCUGGGCCGAACAGGCAAUUAUUCCGAUGAUUUUGGUGAUGGCACGCAACAAGAACUACUUGCACAGAAUGACCUGUCUGUUUUGCAUCAAUGUCCUAGCAGAAGUUUGUGGCGCAGACAUCUCCACCAAAAUGCUGUUGCCGACAGUUUUAUUGCUAGCUGCUGAUCCGGUGGCCAACGUCCGAUUUAAUGUUGCCAAAACAUUACAGAAGAUCACACCAUUCUUGGAGCCAAGCGUUGUGGAUUCGCAGGUUAAGCCUGCCCUAGAUAAACUAAAUGGCGAUGCGGACGUUGACGUUAAACAUUUUGCAUCCGAGGCGAUAGCUGGUAUUGCUGCUUAAUUCUAACACAUGUGGACGCAAAGGACAACAGUUUCAACACACACCUCAUUUGUAAAAUUGCAACCGAACUACAUUUAUGUAAGCGAUCGAUUCACACAGAAUAAAAAAAAAUGAAUUUGAUAAAAACCUAAAGAAAAACCGUGAAAAAAAUGGAAAAUUUGUCGUGAAUUUUCUUGUGUCGAUGAUCGAUCCCCUAAUUUCAAUGAGGAAAGUCACCACUUAAAUUUACAAUUUACUGAAUCUUUAACCCAUUAAUGAGAUAAAAUUAAAAAGAAACACAUCCGAACACACUCACAAAACACACACACACACUAAAAGAAGAUGCAAAAAUAUCUCGUAUGCCAGUUGUGAAUAGACCGACACAUACGUGCAGUUUUUUGUCAACGUAAAAAGAUUUUUAAUUGAUAAAAAACAGAAUUAAUUAAUUGUGUAGGUUAUGAUAUAUACUCUAGCUAAGUAGGACAUCUCUGAUUUUCUUAUAAUUUCAAGCAUAAUACAGUAUUUAGUUCUAGGAAUUAAUUUCGAUUCGAUUUUUUUGUUUUCUAUAUUUUAAUUUCAAUCAAUGCCUGUGCUGAGGUUUGAGCUGGCACAAAAUAUGAGUUUAAAACAGACUCCUCACCAUUCACAGUGAUGUCUGAA